CGGGCGCUCGGCAGCGUUGCGCAAAGAGGCGACCGUCGACGCCGUCCGAGCGGGGUCAUUGCUGCCCGGCGUCGCACCCGGACGCUGCGCGCCGCGCGCGAACCGUCGCGUGCGGUGCUGAACAGGACAGAUGCGGGCAGCCCCGGCCUACUCCAAGCCCACGGCGGCCGCCCAGAGGAAGCGCGGCCCGCGGCCACGGCCGAGGCCGAGGAGUGGCCGCCCAUUAGAAGCCGCGGACGCGCCGGUCAUCAACGGUUUGUUCGCGCAUGGCCGCGGCGACUCGCGCCAGGCGACGCCGCCCGAGAAGGAAAAUCGACGGGGCGACGAUGUGUUUAUGGCCCAGGCCGAGCUGCGGGCGCUCGAGGCGCUGAACGCAAAGCUGCAAGAGGACCUCAUCAAGCUGGAAGAGCUAAACCAAACUUUAGAAAUUGAGAAGUCCGAGGCCGUCUCGCAACAACAAGCCACCGAAAAGAAGGUGCGGAGGCUCGAGCUCGAGUUGCGCGACGGGAGGCGCGACUUCGAGAAGGCGGAACAUGAUGCAGAAGAGCGAGAGCGCGAAGCUCGACGGUGCCGCGAUAGUGAGAAGGUCGCCGUGAAUGAGGCGGAAGAAUUAAGACGGGAAGUGGCCGAUCUGACGGAGCGGAAUCAACGGUCCGAGGAGGUCAUCGAGCAGCUGAGGGUCGCGGAGAACAACGCUCGUGUUCAAGCCGAGAACGAGAACAAGCGCGCCGACCACGCGGAGCGGCAGCUCGUCGAGAUCCACGAGGCCUUCGAGGGCGAGAAACUGCGGUUGCGGGACGAGAAUAAUCAGUUGGCCGAGGACGUGGCCACGGAGCGCGAGUGGCGCGAGGCGGCUCAAGCUGAAUUAGACGAUCUUAAGGCCCAGCAACCACUCGAUCAAGAGGACGACGAGGAGGACUUCGCCCCGGACUUCGUGCCGCCGUCCGUCGUACAAAGGGCAGAGCCGCCGAAGCAGGCGCCGAGGGUAGUGGGCGGCUUCGGCUAUAAGAAGACGGCCGUGAAAAGGCCGGGCAACAAGCCCGACGGCGCACCGUCCGAUCAAGUGACGCCCCAGGCCGUGACGGCGUCGGACUGGAAGCGGCGGUGGCGCGAGGAGAAGAGACGCGCCGACGUCUUGCACUCCCAACUCGCGAAAGUGCGAGAGCAAUGUAAUGACGCCGAGAAGGCGCGCGAUGAACUCCAAGGGAGUUUGGAGAGAGCCAAGAGCGCCGUGCGCUUCGAAAGACAUCGGGCCCAGCGCGCCAAGGGGUCGGUGCUGCCGAAGCGCGCGGCCAAGGUCGUGUCCCGGGCGUCGCCCGAGCCGCCCCGGUCCGUGAAGAAGGCGUCGGCGAAGAAGGCGCCUGCGACCAAAAAGGUGGCCGCGGUCCGGCCCGCGACGCCCGGGAGCUGGGAGUCUGAAGAAAGCGAAGACGACGCGCCCGUGUUUUUGAGGGACGACUCGGACGACGAUUCCGACGACGGCGUCCCUAUGUUUUUACGGGAGGACGACGCGAUCGACUCGGCCGUGCGGCGGAACUACGACUACGUUCCUGAAUUAGGGAAUCGGAAGGUGCCGCCGAAGGGGAAGUUCCUGCCGCUGGGUGAUGACUAAGGGUGU